UGGGUAAUGGGCGGGGCUGAAGGUUGCCGUUUGCAGGGUGGACGGGACUUAUCGUGAGCUCGGAAGGCCGAGUGCACGAUGGGAGUGGCGGUUGUUUAAGAUGGCGAAGGCAGGGAAUUUGGUGAGUGAAGUGUUCUGGAGCAAAGAUCCAUCAGAUGAAGAACAAUCCAUGGUCUUUGUGCCAGGAUUGCUAAUGGAAGGAAACAUUAGACCUGAAUCAAAGGUGAAAAGUAAAACCCAAGAAGUUGGAGCCGAGCUUUCACUCCAAUCUGAUUCUGUUUUUGUAAAUCCCUUGAAGACCAAAUCUGGAAAGCUAUCCAUGCCAAACAAGGUUAUGAAGGAGCACAAAGGUACCAAGAGUGCAUCUUUGAAGGAUCUCUGCCCAGAGGACAAAAGGCGCAUUGCUAACUUAAUCAAAGAGCUUGCAAGAGUAAGUGAAGAGAAAGAAGAAACUGUAGAACGAUUAAAGGCAGAACACGAAUCAUUUGAAAAGAAAAUCAAAGAACUGGAGGAUCAGAAUGAGCUCAUUGUCACGGAACGGGAAGAUAUCCUUAACUGGUCUAAAAUUUCAUGUGAUCAAUUUCUGUUUUUGUUUCAGAACAAAUAUAACUCGCCAAAGGAAAGAAAUGAAGCCUGCAAACGUCACUGGAGUAACAAAGAAAAGGUAUGUAGUGAGAAGAAUCCGCCUCACCUGGCGUCUUCAGACCAAGAUGGCUCCUAUCUUGGAAUUGUGCCUGCUUGUACCUUAAAUCCUUCUGGCAAAGCUAAACAAGUGCUUGUUGGUCCGUCCUUCGCACCACAGCCCGACCUAGGUCUGUAUUCCGCAAACCACAAUUCUGUCAAUCAAGUUCAACAUACUGAAAGUUUUCCAUCUCAGGAUGGUUGUGGUACAAAAUCUGGCAAUAUAAUUCGGGGAGAGCCAGUUGCAGACAGACAUUAUAACAUGAACAAACGGGUAGAUGUGGGUGCUGUGCAGGCUGGUACCUUUUGUGAUUCUGAUGCCGGUCAACCUUCACACUGUGGAUGGUUGAGAAAUAGAGAGCUUGCUGAUGAAAAUCAAUUGACCAAUAUACGAAAUGGACAUUUAAAGCCAUUAAUUGAAUGCAGUUGCUGCACUGGAAUGUCUCAUGACCCAGCAAUGAAUAAUCAAGUGGGAAUAAUGGCUGACGAAGUUUUGAACGGAAAGAAGCUGCUCAUAGACCAAAAGCAGCAACUGAUCUGUCAGAAAAUGGAGCUGGAGCUGGAGAAAGAAAGACUGCAAAGAUUGCUUGCUCAGCAGGAGACUCUUUUCUUCCGAAAGCAACAACAAUUACAUGAGUCAAGGUUGGAUUACAGCAGGUACUUGAGGACAGAGGAUGAUCUUUCACAUGGUAAUUUGCAACAUCAGGAAAGAAACAUCAAAGCAUCGAUGACAGAACCAUGGGAAAAAUUAAAUGCUGGGAACAGAAUGAUAGGACCUUUUGAUCCAGAAUUGAAUGCCUUUAGGGGUACAGGUUCUUUAUACCCUGCUCAUGCUCAAAAUAAAGAAACAGGAACUCCACUUUUGAAAAAAGAUGUGGCUACUUCUCCCCUUCUAUUACUUACCAAAAAUGAAUGUGUCAACACAGCAACAUCACCCUUUUGGGUUGAAUCAUCGAGCAAUGAAGCCUCCCUUGUUCAUUUGGUGGAUGCAUUGAGUCCAAUUUCCUUACAAAAACAUAAUUUGCACAUCAAGGAAGGAAAUGGAAAACUAAGAAAAAACAGCACAAUGCACGGCAGAAAACAUCAAAAUCUUGCUAAGGCUGGAACAGCUCCAACAGACAGUGGGGAUUCAGAUGAAGAACUCGAAGAAAGCAGAAUGUUGGAGGAUGUUUUCUUCAUUUAAGAAAAAGGGUAGAACAUUCUCACUGACAUGAGUGAACUAUCAUGAUCUUUUCAAUUCUUUUAAUAAAGCUAUGCAGUGUUGAAGAAUGCUUCAGCGGCUGAUUGAUGUGCACCAUCCAAAAGCCCCUCUUUAACCUUUAAUGCUUUGGAGCAUUGUGGCAAAGUGUGCUUUAUUGGGUUAAUACAAAAUGUAAAGUGAUUAGCAAGCUACAUUGGGAUUCAUUAAAACUGAUAGCUACAGUAUACUUCCGGCAAUGUUUCUGUGGCUUAUUAUUUUCGAAGGUUUAAAAAAUUAAUUGCCUUAACUAAUCUUUCUGUUGCUAUUUUUAUAUUUGCUGGAAAAGUGUUUGUCACAUUCACUACAUAUAAUACUCGUAUCAAGAAUACAUGUAAUGACAAUCAACUUAUUGCAAAAAAACUGAGAAAUUAUCCGGCAAGUUGUUAUUGAGAUGUGAGUUGCUGCUGAGCAUCACUCAUAGGUUCUGUAGUGUCAAUCAGUUUUGUCUUAAAAGUCUAGUAUAAAAUGUGAAACUGCAGUUGAUUAAGUAUAUUCUGUCAUCAUAUACUGCUACAGUUCUCUAGACUGCGAAUAUGUGAUGUAGAAUUGUGAUUCUUGACAGAGUGCUCUUUUUCUGAGUUAAUGUUUGAAGAUUUGUAGGCAUUGUGGAAUGUCCAGGCAUAAACCAUUGUUUGAAACAUAAUUCUGCAUAUCAUAUUUAUAACUAAGAAGAUAACCAGAGUCUGUAACCAAAACUAAGACUGGUUAUUUCAAUGUCUACAAUCUAAAACUAACUUCUUUUUAAAAUAAUUUUUGUUCCUCAAUCUAAGUUAAGGAUUUAGAUGGUACACUUCUUAUUUGUUCACCUCCAGUCAGUAUAACUCAAUUAAAUGCAACUUCUGUCACUCUGUUUCAGAAAUGUGCUUCAGCUAUUUCUGCAUUGAACUACUUUGACCUAUGAUCUUUAAUUGACGAUCGGUCAUCCUUUGGCUUCUGAGAAGGCAUUAAUUAAGAGCAGUUUUGUAUUUUGGGCUAUUGGGAACUAGGAAUUAGACGGAAGCUCCCCACAUUCAUUUUACAGUUUGUUUGCUUAUAGCAACAGAGAUCUCUUCUGAGUUAGGGCUGGAGUUGAAAGAUGAAGUUUUAACUCUGCCUGAUUUGAUUGCUCAAAAUUAGUUGGAAUUAUUGAGUUAUACAGGUAAAAAUACUUGCAUCACUCAACUCAAAAAUUGGUACCUGUCUUUAAAGCAGUAAACAUGCUGACCUAUGUUUCCAAGAGUAGUUUAAGUAUCAAAUACCUCAUUUAUACCCCCUCUGAGAAAGAUCAAUAUCUAAAAUAAAAUGGUAUUCUAAAGUUAAUAAGCACACAGUAGUAUAAGGACCAUUUUUAACACUGACCAAUAGCAAUGCUGAACAACUGACUGGAAGUCAGAAUAUCAGCCACUGAGAGUAAGUAAAUGAUGACAAAAGAUGGUGCUGUAAAUUGAAUGUUUAUCAGCCAAGAUCAAUUGAAUGUAAUUGUUAUAUUACUGCAGGCCAGCUGACACCACAUGAAUUCUUGCAAUAGUUAAUAUUUUAAUUUAAUGAUGUUAAAUGUUUUAAGAUUGUACAGUGUAUAGAACAUUAAUUUAAAUGUCAAAAUUCAAAAGUAUCUUCACCAGUUAUAAGUUACUGUAUUAAAUAAUUUUUGUUUACUGACGUUGACUUUGAAUAUAACUAUUAAUUUGAUACAACACAAAUGUGACAAUUAUGAACAGUAACAACACAGUUUCAGUCCAGAAUAAAAUCUGUACUUAAGAGAGAUUGUUCUAUUUGGUUUUUCUGGUCACAGUAUUGUUUAAAAAUAGAUUCAUGCAAUGUUGGAUGAUACUAAAAGAAGGAAAUGAAACCUUGGAUUUAUUUGAUGUCUUUUUUGUCACUGAGAUAUACUUCGCAAACAAUGAGUUGGUUUCAAAUUUAGCUACUUGUUGCAUUGGCAAAUGUGGCAGCCAAAUUUUACUCAAAGUCCUCAAGAUAACAAUGAGAUAACUAACUAUUUAAUUUUUAGAGAUGUUAUUUGAAGGAUUCUGGGAAAGUAUCACCUUGUGUACUUCUACAUCCACCUUCAAAGCAGGUGGGUUUAACAUUAUAUCCACUUAAUUACACGCCUGAUAAUUCUGCAUAAGUGUCUGCUAGUUAAGUGCUCAAGUUCUUGGAAUGGAGCUUGAAUACAUGACCAUCUGACUCCGGCAAUAGUGUUACUUGUGAACAAGCUAUCACUUAGUGCACUUAAAUCUUGCCCUUUGAAUAAUAAAAUACCUGAUAUGUAUGUGGCAUGACAGUUAACCAAUUGUGCAGUGUGGCUUGCUCCUUGAAUAUCGUUGCUGCACAAAAGAUCCUGAAUAUAGUGGUUAUCCCAGCGAAUCUUAAUAAUAACUGAUAAUUGACUAUGACAAAUCAUUCAUCCCAAAUCCGAGCCGGAAGAGUCUCUUCUUGCUGACAUCUUCAGAUUUCUCUGGACUUUAAUGUUUCAAUAGUUGGGACCACAGUGACAUUUAUAUGGUAAGACUUUAACAAAUUAAUAAUUUGUUAUUAUGAGGUUGACAUAAAUGUCCCAUGUAUCCAUAAAGCAACAUUGUAUCCGAAAGCUAAAUAUGGCAUUGAAUACUAGAUUUUUAAGUGUUUGUUUUAUUAAUGCAUACUCAAUUUAUUUCAGAGGUAGAUAGAUCAACUUGCUUACUUUUGUAGGUUUCAAACUUUUUGUUUUGUGGGUGGUGUCUUGGCUAUUUGAACUACCAAUGGGAAGAAAAAAACAUGUUUUCCUUAACUGCUUUAUUGUCUUUUAAUAAAGCAUUCUGAAGUGUUACUGGACAUUGUAAUCACCCUUCUGUCUAAUAUUAUCCUAUAACAAGUUCAAUACAACUAAGUAUUUAAAUCACUUCCAUCAGAUUGCAUAUGGCCAUCAAAAUGCUGUUUGUACUUUCUGAAAAUGUGCAGGAUAAUUUGAUCUAAACAGACUACAUUUGUCACUAAUAAAAAUGCAAGUAUAAAAUGGCUUCCAAUGUUAAAUUUUACUUUUUGUUUAUUGGCUGUACUUUUAAAUUAUUCUGAAUUUUGUUUCUAGUAUUUUGUAAAGGCCAUUGUACAUAAUGUUAAUCAGUCUUGAAGCAAAAGCAAUAUUGUAUUUCUGAAAAUGAGCUUGCAGCAAUAAAGGCAUUAGUAUAAUUCGGAAAUUUCCGUUCCUUAGUGGUAAUCUAAAAUGGGUGUAUGAUGGAACUCAGCUCAUAUAGUGUUAUAACUCAGUCUGUGCCUCAGUUAAUGAAAAUUGACUAUAGAUAACAUCUUUUAUAAAAGCAAUACUGCAUCCCUAUUGAGACAGAUGACGGAAGUGAAUCUUUCCUUCUACACCAAAACACUUACAAAAUGGAAAAUAACUGACUGAAUUACAGUGAUUCCAAGAUUGAAAGUAUACAUCAUCUAACUGGUGAUUAUCCAUGGUAAUGCCUCUCGUAAUCAUAGUCCACUUUCCAUUCAACUAGCACUCUGUUCUCCUCCAGUAUAAAUGUUGUUUUUCCUUUACAUUGGUAUUCUUGCAAAUUGUCCUGUUGAGACCAAGACAAAAAGCUUUAACAAAAUUUUUUUUUUUCGGAAAUAUCUUAAAUUGCUGUACCUAGGAUUGAAAGGAUGAUAACACAUACGUAGAGCAUAGCCAUGCUAGCUCAGCUUUACCAGUGGCCAUGCUCUAAACAUUUGGUACUUUGUGGAUUUAAUUUUUAUUUUAGUUUCAGACUACUCUUUAUAAAUUAUUUUUUUCUAAACUGAAUAUAUUUUAAUUUGUAUCAGAGAUAGUAGGAACUGCAGAUGCUGGAGAAUCUGAGAUAACAAGGUGUAGAGCUGGAUGAACACAGCAGGCCAAGCAGCAUCAUAGGAGCAGGAAAGCUGAUGUUUCGGGCCUAGACCCUUUCUUCAGAAAAUGGAUUUGAAAUGGAAAUUUGAAAUUUGAAAUGGAAAUGAAAAUUCUUCUGUUUCAUUGCAAAGAGAAAGCCUAUCUGGAUUUAAACAGCUAUAGACCAAUAACACAUUAUUGUUAGUCACCUGUUUCUAAAAGAAAAAUUGCAGAUGCUGGAAAACAGAAACACAAACAGAAAUUGCUACAGAAACUCAGCAGGUCUGGCAGCAUCUGUGGAGGGAAAACAGAGUUGACGUUUUGGGUCCAGUGACCCUUCUUCAGAACUGUUCCUGUUUGUGUAGUCACUUGUUUUACACAGAUUAGACAAUCAAUACCUAAUAGAAUUGAAUCCAAAAUAUUUCAGUUUAAGAAUUUAAUUAAAGUAACCUAUCAUUGGAUGGAAGUAUAAAAAUAAAAAUAUAAAGCAUGGUGCUCAGCACAUUACCAUAAUACAGCCUUCAAAAAUGUACAUUUAUUGAAAUAAAUUUACACAUGCAACAAUGCUAUGUUGUACUAGAUGAUUUAUACCAAUCAAAAAUCUAAUGCUUCACUAAGGAAUAUUUUAAAUAAAAUAGGAAAGAAAAUUAGAGAUGCCCCAGUAUAAGCGCUUGGCUGUUGCACAGAAAAAUGCAUUUGUCCCUGCAUGUUUGUGCUGGCUGUCUGUAGUACAGUUCACCUCUUGCCACUUUAUGGCCUUUUCCUUGUUCUGCAAAUAUUUCUGUUGUGUAGUGUCUCACGAUCAGUAUGUCAGUGUGCCUUUAAGAGACAUGCUCGUGAAAUCAUUGCUGUAACAUUGAUGUGACCUGAGAGUAUAAAGGUUCCAUGUUCCAUCUUAGCUCUGUUUGGAAGCAUGGUGCUCUGUUGUAACCUAACAACUUAAUACUAGCCCAGACAUGUGCCUGAGCGAUGUAAUGUUUGUACAUAAUAUUUAGUUGUAAUAAAUGUUGGAUUCCUCAAUGCUA